CAACACCUUCCCCAUCUCCUCUGAAUUCCAUUAUAUAUAGCCCAAACAUCCUUUCUCUCUCCUAAAAACAAAUCAAUUCAAUUCAAUUAAUUUUUACUUACAUUUACAUUUACAUACCCAUCACACCAAAUAAACUGCUCUUUUUAAUUUCAUUUCAUCUUCCUCUCUUAACUUAAUUCUUCAUUACAUCGAAUUUAAUUGAUUACACAAAAUCGAAAUGGAGAACCACCAGCAAUCCCAGAACGGAUCAUCAUCACCCAACAUGGACCUGUGUAUCGGUGGAGGGCCGAAAUACCAAGACCCAUUGUACUGGGGAAGGGCUGCCGAGGCUGUAUCCGGUAGCCAUCUUGAUGAGGUGAAGAGGAUGGUUGAGGAUUAUCGUAAGCCGGCUGUCCGCCUUGGUGGUGAGACACUUACUGUUGCUCAGGUGGCUGCCGUGGCGGCUGCCACCGAUUCCAAGAGCGCAUUGGUUGAACUCGCUGAGUCGUCUCGUGCCGGUGUCAAGGCUAGCAGUGAUUGGGUGAUGGAUAGUAUGAGCAAAGGUACUGAUAGUUAUGGUGUUACUACUGGCUUUGGUGCUACUUCUCAUCGGAGAACUAAGCAAGGUGGUGCCCUUCAAAAGGAGCUUAUUAGAUUUUUGAACGCUGGAGUAUUUGGCAAUGGAACAGAAACAAGCCACACACUGCCACAUACAGCAACAAGGGCAGCUAUGCUAGUGAGAAUCAACACCCUUCUUCAAGGGUAUUCUGGGAUCCGAUUUGAAAUCUUAGAGGCUAUUACCAGCCUCCUUAACAACAAUGUUACCCCUUGUCUUCCACUUCGUGGAACUAUCACUGCCUCUGGGGAUCUUGUUCCGCUCUCUUACAUUGCUGGUCUGUUAACAGGCAGACCUAACUCUAAGGCUGUUGGCCCUAAUGGAGAGGUUCUCAACGCCGAACAAGCUUUCAAAACUGCUCAAAUCAGCUCUGAUUUCUUUGAGCUUCAGCCCAAGGAGGGUCUUGCACUCGUCAAUGGUACUGCUGUUGGUUCAGGGAUGGCAUCUAUGGUCUUGUUUGAGGCCAAUAUCCUUGCUGUCCUUGCAGAGGUUAUAUCAGCUAUUUUCGCUGAAGUCAUGAAUGGGAAACCUGAGUUCACUGAUCACUUGACUCACAAGUUGAAACAUCACCCUGGACAAAUUGAGGCUGCAGCUAUUAUGGAACACAUUUUAGAUGGUAGCUCAUACAUGAAGGCUGCUAAGGCUCUACAUGAACAAGACCCAUUGCAGAAGCCUAAGCAAGAUAGAUAUGCUCUCAGGACAUCACCCCAAUGGCUUGGCCCUCAGAUUGAGGUCAUUCGUUGGGCUACAAAGUCUAUUGAGAGGGAGAUUAACUCUGUUAAUGACAACCCACUUAUUGAUGUAUCCCGUAACAAGGCCAUUCACGGUGGAAACUUCCAGGGAACACCUAUCGGUGUUUCCAUGGAUAAUGCUAGGUUGGCUAUUGCAGCCAUUGGAAAGUUGUUGUUUGCUCAGUUCUCUGAACUAGUCAAUGAUUUCUACAACAACGGCCUUCCAUCGAACCUCACAGCAAGCAGAGACCCUAGUUUGGACUACGGUUUUAAGGGGGCUGAGAUUGCAAUGGCUUCUUACUGUUCAGAACUCCAAUUUUUGGGUAAUCCAGUCACUAACCAUGUCCAAAGUGCAGAACAACACAACCAGGAUGUCAACUCCCUGGGUCUUAUCUCUGCUCGCAAGACUUCUGAGGCAGUAGAUAUCUUGAAGCUCAUGUCAUCCACAUUCCUGGUGGCACUAUGUCAGGCUAUUGAUUUAAGGCAUUUGGAAGAGAAUGUAAGGCAUGCAGUGAAGAAUACUGUAAGCCAAGUGUGCAGAAGGGUCCUUAUAACUGGUGCCAAUGGAGAGCUCCACCCUGGAAGGUUCUGUGAGAAGGAGCUCAUCAGAGUUGUAGAGAGAGAAUACGUGUUUGCUUAUGCUGAUGAUCCUUGUAGCUGUACUUACCCCUUGAUGCAGAAGCUUCGUCAAGUCCUUGUUGAUCAGGCUUUGGCUAAUGGUGAAAGUGAGAAGAAUGUGAGCACUUCAAUUUUCCAGAAGAUUGGUGCCUUUGAGGAGGAACUCAACGCAAGGCUACCAAAGGAAGUAGAAGCAGCAAGGGCUGCCCAUGAGACUGGUAAUGCUGCUAUUCCAAACAGGAUUAAGGAAUGCCGAUCUUACCCAUUGUACAAGUUUGUUAGGGAAGAGCUUCAGACAAACUUGUUGACUGGAGAAAGAGUCAAGUCCCCAGGAGAGGAAUUCGACAAAGUUUUCACUGCAAUGUGUGAAGGAAAGAUCAUUGAUCCUCUUCUCGAUUGCCUUAAGGGCUGGAACGGAUCUCCUCUCCCUAUCUGUUAAUAAACUAAGCUUAUAAGGUGUUUUACAAACAAGUUAAUUAUGUACUAUUCGUUUUUAUUUUGUUAUAACCUAAUGUUCAGAAAUUUAUUUUGUAAUGGCGAUGGUUGUUUAGAGGACACCACAACUUUUGUUUUACAUUUUUUUUCCUCCUCUUGUAAUGUCAAUGUAAUGAUCAUAUGUUAAUUACCUGUAUUAAACUUGCAAAGUGAGUUACCGAGUUUCAGGAAAUAAAAUUGCAACUCUUGAUUUUUUUCA